AGUGCUUUACAGAAAAGAACUGGUCUCACCGGGAAGAACGAAACUACAACAAUGCUUUUGAUUUUGGUUCUGCUUUGCUUUACAGUUCCAAGUUUUACACAACAGCCGGGAAACAAGUCAUUCGAGUGGGCACAGCUGAACCUGCGACAGGUGUGCUUUGAGUGCAGCGGGGACCGUCAUGGAACAAUAUACAACUUCCUCUCCGAGCCUCGCUUGGUGGCUGCCAUGAAAUUGGUGUACAGAGGUGGUGAAAUCCGAUGCACGCCAAACAAGGCCUACAACAGUCGCUGGGGCUGUCAUUCAGGUAGCAAAACGCCCCUAAACGUCAUUGUCACUGACCAGAGAAACAAUAUCAUCUACCCAAGGACGGAGUACCUCAAAGACCUGUCGACUCUGUGGUAUGCGAUGCCUGGGGUGGAUGAGUCGUACUCCAACGAGCUUGUCUUCACAAAUUUUGGCGUCCCAUUUUACCUGGAAAAACACCGUGAGCUCCGCAUUUGGUGUGGCGAAGAUCUCAAAAACAAAAAUGAUGGCGACAACCAAGGGCGUGUUUGUGUUGAUGUUUACAUUAAAUAUUACUGAUUGUGACCUAUACAUCCUGAAGUGCUCUUCUUUCGCCGCAGUUACUUUGGAUGGUCACACAACGUCUCUCGCUGAAUUAUGGUCAAGUUGUAGAGGUGUAGUAUGACAAUCCAAAAACCUUGUGCGAAGGAAGAGCUUUAAAUUGGUCAUUAGAGCUUGAUGCACUCAGGCAUUUUGAAGAGUAUCUUAGUAAAGGUUAUGGUCAAAC